UCCACGAGCUCACCGGUGUGCCCGUCCUGUGUACACAGCUGGAAAGUGUGCCCCGUCCGAAGUCAGUCUACUGUUAGCAGUCGGGAAAAUCGCAACUGAAUGGAAAUCGCCUUUUAUAUCGGUAUUUAAGCUCUAGAGUGUGUGAUUUCUGGGAAGUAAGAGGUUAGGAAAGUUUGUGUCAAAGGGUUCUUUUUUGGCAUAAAGAGUUGUCCUUUUGGGAGAAUUUGAAGGUUCGGAUACGUUUUUCUUGAGUUUUUCGCGAAGUUCGGUUCGUUCGAUUGUUUCUGUUGAUAACGGUUCGCUCCCGUUUUAUUUUGUUUUUCGUUAUCGUGUGGAAAAUCCAGCGCGUGAAGGAAAAUUAAGCACAUUUUCCACAAUCAAAGUGACUUCGUGUUUGUUUCGUGGACAAUUGUCGCAUGUGCACUUUUCGUCGUUACGACUAAUUGCGAGUGAGCUGGGUAUUGAUUUUCGUUCGAGUCGUUAAGUUUCGAGUCACUUUUGGAGGGAGUGAGGAAAAAAGUUGUUUUGCCGUUUUUAAUAUUGUUGCUAGUUUGUUGGGCCAAACAAAUUUCUGCCUCGUUCGACGGUUUCCAACGUUGGCAAGCGAGAAAUAAUUCAGCACAACCGGAUCGAGCAGACGCAAGCAACUGUUGGAAGUUGGUCAAAUACGGUGCGAAGCGAUGUUCCAACUUUAGAAGAAACAGUUCGAGUUUUGUAAAGUCGAAGUACACAACUCUGUACAGUUCCGUGUUAGCGUGUACACACCAAUUGCAAUAAUUACAUAGUCCCUCGGUAGUUGAGAUCCAGUGCGAUAUUGGAUCACGAAAAUAGCAGAGUUCGAGUGUGGGAAAAAAAUCUAACAAAACCGGUGUUCAAGCAGUUGGAGCAGCAAGUGUUUUCAUGAGCUCAAGUCACCAUCAGUGAAGGAAAAGCAGCGUGAAGAAUCUACCCUCACGAGAGAGAGAGUGUAAGAAGAGCUCAAGAAUCGUUUACGACCUGUUACCUCAAGGUACCAACAUCUGGAGAAGCAGCAUAAAACGUAAAAUAAUAAAAGAAAAGCUCCGACUUGAGCGAACAGCUUUCGCGUUCCCAUUCGGUGGAAUUUUACGAGAAGUUAAGAAAAAAAGCUUGAAUAAAGAUAGAGAAGGAGAAAAAAUAAACAGAUAAUAGCAUAACUAAUCGCGCAAAAGGUAAAUAAACUAAAGCAUAACUAUCCAAUUCGAGUCAGAGUCUCGGAAGAAGCAACAACAAAAAAAAGAAGAGUUGUAACGUGAAUCGCACCAGCGCCAAGAGUUUCAAUCAAAAUAUUUUUGCCAGCACUGUGUGAAGCAGUGGAAUUUUUAAUCUUGCCCCAGGUGGAAACGCUGGCGUGAUUUUUCCACCCAACAAUAUCGGAGGAAAACGCGAAAUUGGAGCUACCACCACACCGCGAAGAAAGCAACCAAACACAAGCACCCAAUUCUGUCUAGCCGUUUGAAUUCGCUGGGAAAUCCAAUUACAACUCGGACUUUGAAUCGACACAUGGUGUUCGAUUCAAUAGUGCGUCCAUAAAUUCCGUCACCAUUUCGUCGACCGUGGUGAAACGCAGGCCAGCGCCGCAAAUCACGGUAGCGAGCGCCCCGCAAGUCCUAUCGCCGAAGCGACUGUGCACGAACUCGCUGGCCGGUGCCGGUGCGACCAUUCCGGCCUUAGGUAGCUGUCUCGUGCCCGCCCAUCCACCGGCUUCGGCCGCUGCCGCCGCAGCCGCUCUGUUGCACCACCACAACCAACUGCAACAGCAGCAACAGCAGCAGCAGCAGCAGCAACAACAGUUCCAGCAGCACCACCAGUUGCUGGUAGAUUCUGCCAACGCAGCCGCCGCCGCCGCCGCAGCAGUCGCCGUAUCGCAAGCCCAUCAACAGCAGCAGCAGCCAAUGUUCACAUCACCAAUCGUCGCCCAAUCCAAUCCGGCUGUCAGUACACAGUCCAUCAACGGUUCGCUCAGCGGCGUCGUCAACAGCGUCAACAACAACCACAGCCUCGUCGGCCAGAGCCAGAACAGUCUCGUCGGUGCGCCCGGCAGCCAGGUCAACAAAAUGGACACCUCGAUGGGACAGAUGACACCGAUGGCACCGUUGGCGCUGUCGCAGAGCAUGGACUCGGUCAACACGGCCAGCAACGAAGAAGAGGUUCGAACCCUGUUCGUCAGUGGGCUGCCGAUGGACGCAAAGCCCCGAGAGCUGUACCUGCUGUUCAGAGCCUACGAGGGAUACGAGGGAUCCCUGCUGAAGGUUACCAGCAAAAAUGGAAAAACAGCUUCGCCUGUGGGUUUCGUCACGUUCAGCACACGGUCCGGGGCCGAAGCUGCGAAGCAGGAUCUACAGCAAGGUGUACGCUUCGAUCCUGAUAUGCCCCAAACAAUACGCUUGGAAUUCGCCAAGAGUAACACUAAAGUGAGCAAACCAAAACCACAACCUAAUACAGCGGCCACAGCUGCACAUCCUGCAUUGAUGCACCCACUUACUGCUGGACACCUAGGUACUCCGUUUUUUCCUGGGGGCCACGAGCUAUGGCAUCAUCCGUUAGCGUUUUCGGCAGCCGCCGGUGAGCUGCCCAGUGCUGCGGCCCUGCAGCACGCCACCCUGGUCCAUCCGGCACUGCAUCCUCAGGUCCCGCAACAAAUGCAAAUGCCACACCCGUCAGCAAUACAUCCGGCGUCUAUGCACGUGUCGGCCGGGCUGCCAGCGAACCAUUUUUUACCGAGCCCGGCGCUGGCGAGCCCGGUUGGCAGCACCGGUGGCAACCCGGCCCCGAAUCCGCCCCUCGCGGCCAAUGCCCCCUGUUCGACCCUGUUUGUUGCUAACCUGGGCCAGUUCGUGUCCGAGCACGAGCUCAAAGAGAUAUUCGCUAGUCUGCCUGGCUUUAGUCGCCUCCGUAUGCACAGUAAGGGCACCUCCAUCGCUGCUACCAAUACUACUACUACUCCCACUAUGAACGCUAACGCUGCUGCUGCUGGUAACCACUACCAUGCCGCCGUCAACAACAACAACAUCGCCAACUUUAUCAACAACAACAUGGCCGCCGCAGCCACCACCACCACCGUGCCGGUUGCGUUCGUCGAGUUCAAGGACGUGGCCACGGCGGCGGCCGCCAUGAGCGCCCUCCAGGGCAAGUUCCUGCUCUCGUCGGACCGGGGCGCGAUGCGGAUCGAGUUCGCCAAGUCCAAGAUGGCCGCCGACGCACCGUCCCACCACUUUUACCACCUGCACAUGCAGCAGAGAGAAGGGAGCGGGUAUGGAGCCAAGAAUGGAACACCAUUUGGGGAAGAAGAGUGAACGAACCGAUCUCAACACGUAUCUAAUGGCAACAACUUGACCCCAGCAGCAGCAGCAACACCAGCAACAACACCAUCAUCAACAGCAAACCCAUCAACAUCUGCAAACCCCCGCCUACGGCACUAACGGAUCUACCGGGCUAGGCUACGGCAACGGGCUGUACCAGUUUGCCGCGGCGGCCACCGCCAUUCCGCGAGCAUGAUUCGUCGACAUUGUCUAGAGCAGAUCUGCCCGCGUGGAACGAGUUAUCUACUAAGUUUUUACUUUUUUUUUACAAACCGCAAAGUCACAAGUUUUUUUUUUGUCGGAGAAAAUGAGAGAAUGUGAUAUGGAACCUGAUCAUCCGGAUUAUUCAGCUGAUUACGAAGAACCAAAUGUGCCCUAACCGUUGAAUAAUGAAGUACUUUGUUGACCGUUUAGUUUCCCCAUUUUUCGAUUGAUUGUUGUAUUUUUAGAACCCUUUUUGUUGAUCGUACAAAAUUACCUUGAUGGAGGAGCAAGCAUGUGUGUAGGAAUGAAGGUACGAAAAUAUAUAGAAGAAAACAAAACAUGUGAUUAGGGUUUCAAGACGUUACAUUUAUUUUUGCGAGACUACGAACACAAGGAAGAACAACAACAACGGUAGUUUUUAGAGAAGACAACGGCAACAAGCAAUAACAGUUUAUUGUAAAUGAAAAUAUCCAUACAUAUCAAGGGGAUUUAUAUAGAGGUAACGCAAAAAAAAAUCAACUGAAACGAGAAUGAUAGUUUGUAAAACUGAACGCGCGUGUACUAGAUUUGUAAGGUUCAAAAAACACAUGGUAGAGAUAUCGAGUGAUACGCAGGGUCGCGGUAGGCGAUGCUCCCAGAGCAUGCUACGAUCGCGAGGUUCAUCGACGGAAAGGUCCGGCAGGUAGGCAGUGUUGUAGAUCACUCAUUUCACACAACCCCCUAACGUUAGCCUAUUCUGGUGGGAUUCAAGUAGUAGCGCUGCAACUUUGGCUGGCAAACAAGCUUGCUUGCGGCUAUCUUACAGACAACACACACACACACAACCUUAAGCUGAGGAUUAAUCAACUACCCCCUUUACCAAAUUUAACCUUAUCCCAAAAAUUAAACAAAUAUAAAGUUAAUGCAACAACUUACACUAGAGGUAACCAUUGUUUAGCGUGUAACAUCUCACAAAGUGACCAGCAGUGGUCCGGGAUCUGUGAAAGCCUCCAGCAAAGCUCGUGUCAGUUACCGUCAAUUAGAUACUACUAGAGGACACCAAAGAAUUUUACAAGUUCCUACCCAAAAAAAAAGCGAGGAAACAAUUUUAAGACAAAUUUCUCAAUCACAGAAGCUACAUCAUACCAAAGCAUAGCAAAGGAAUGUAAAAUUGGACAACACUCAAGGAACCACUUGGAAGCAAACAAAAUCAACCACGUCGAGAAGCUGGCGGAUUUCCGCAGAGGUCCGGACCCCGCUUGGCUUUCGUUAUUGUAAACUGUCAUUGAAACAAGCAUGAACACAUGAACAUAGCAAUAAGUAGUGAAACUAUAUUUAGGUGUAUGAUUUAGUGAGUGAACCUAGGCUUCUAAGUAUUUCCGUAUAGACAUUGACAUUGACACAACAACUUUCUGAAGAAUGAAACAGCAAGAACAAUGCGAGGAGCGAGGCGGGCUCAGCAACCCCGCCAGGGGUUCGCUGACCCAAGGUAGCAGGCGUGACGCCCGGAACUCGUGCAAGAGUCCGGAGUACCACAACCGGCAAGGUAGAGAAGAGAGAAAAAUCAGCAAGAAGAAGCGAAUAAUCAUUCCGUCCAAUACAGUGUGUAGUUAAAUCGGAUGAGUGCGGAUUUGUUCUCAAGACGACAAUCUGUAUCUUACUCCGGGCCUGCGCAGGGGUCCAGGGCUCUAAAGAACAUCGAGGCUGACCAAUCAGGGCGCCUACCCGGCCCUUGCGUGGGAGCAAAAUUUCAUACAUAUCAGCUUUUGGGUUAAACUUUUAAGCGUGGCGUAAACCAUGGAAACAGUUAGCUUAAGGAAAACCCCCCCUAAUCUUUAAGUGACACACACAUUUAACGACUCAAGAAUUAAGCAAAUUAAAGCAACAAACAACUGCAUGCCGAGGAGACCUACUGCUGACAGCGAGCGAGCUGAAAAAUGGAGACGUCAGAUGCGGAGUUGGAUGGUUUGUUUGGUUGACGUAAUCGCCAUUUUUGUUGGAAAUGAGACACCAUUUUGAAGCUGUUUGAUGACAGCUAUCCGUUUAACGGUGGAUAGCUGAACUGUCAAACAAAACAGUAGAUCGUUUAACGGCGUGCUUUAUUUGACAGUUUGCGGGUGAGAGUAAGGGUUACCUUUAUGAUGAUUUACAUUGAACUGCCUUGAUUGAGGCAAAAAACCCCAGAAAAGUUGGCCAUCUGCACUCGAUUCAAUCUAUGCAGACUACCAACUUUUGCUGAAUAAAAAAAGCUUAUUUGGUGUUCUUUUAGAUCGGUCAAACAAUUUCUAACAAAACCAUGUUAAAGUUUCGGAAAGGAUUUGUAAACAAACAGUACAUCCCGAUUAUUACGAUCAUUUCUUAUUAGUAUCACAGAGAAAUGCAUUUGUUUCAAUUUUGAUUUAUUAAAAAUUCUAGCAAUUCAAGUAUAAUCUUGCUAGUUGGCAACCUUGGCGCUAAUGUAAACAAACACGUGACAGAUACAUGCGGUGAUUUGUUUUCAUUUGGUCGACACUUCUAAGCAAACGUCACGUCAAACGUCGCUGGGAGAGUCUAAAAGUUUGGUUAUGUUACUGCUACCAAAAAAACAAUGGUUUUGCUCAUCUCUUUUUGUUUUGACAUUUGACAUUUGACUUAGAGUCUUUCCAAGGUCAAUCAACAAUAAGGUAGCGUGAAAUCAGACUCGCAAACUGUCAAAAUUUGAAAACGGCAAGCAAAAUGGCGGUUGCGUCAAGUAAGCAAGACGCUUCGAAAGCAUCUAUCUGGAAUUAACAGUAGGAUAUGUAGCUUGAAUGAAUGUUAUUGUAAUAAAAUAUGUGAUAAAUGACUUAGCAAAAAAAAGGAUGUUGAACAAAGCCGCAAAAAUUUACAGAGAAAAAGCAAACUUGACAAACUUUUUGUGAUCAAUCACAAGAGAGUCAGGUUUGAGCCCAAAAAAAGAAAAACAACUAAAACAACUGACCGGAAAAUUCAGCAAACAACAAAUUUUUCACUUGUUUAUAUGUACACGGCUUAGUGAGUGUAGGUGUAACUUUUAGUAACCGGAAGAAAUCGUUUCAAGCAGAGACAAACAAAAAAACAAGAAAAAAACAACACCGUAUAAAUGAAUGGAACUAAUUUUAAGAACCUCCAUACAGGCGCGUUUUUUGAACGAUCUUUUUUAGCGUUUAGUGAAUGUGUCGGAUUUACUAAUCAAACUUUAAAUGCCUUCUAGCUUUAUUUUACACACAACUUGUUGACUAUACCGCUGAUCUUUGCGACGCUAAGUUUCAUAAAUCUGUCUGGCUUUUGGGUUUUGAUUCAUCCGUUUUGUGAGAAAGACAAAGCAGAAAAACUACAAAAAAUAUCCCCCAAAAAUAAACAAACAAAAAAAACACACGCAAGCUAGACUAAUUAACGAUAUAAAAGAAAAUAUUCAAUGGGAAAAAAAGUGUUACGAUAAAUCAACAAUUCAAACAUAUCAAUUUCGUGCCCGAUCAUAUUGAAGAGAAAUUUAUUGAUGAAAUGUAAGCAAAUAUUAUUAACAGUAGCUGACGAGAAUAUAAUAUAUUAACUAUACAUUUAUUAACUACUAUGAUGAAACAAAAGAGGAAGAAAAAUAUCACUUAAAGUAACAAAAAAAACAA